CUACAUGUAAUGCCAAGGUCGGAGCGGCAAAACAACAGCUCCGGCUUGUCGCGUCGUCGCGUUUCAAUGGACCAGCACACUCUGGGCUGGCUGCUAUCACAACUUCAAUGAGCGGAAAGAGUAAUGGCGAUCCCGAAGAGGAAAAGAGAAGAGAAUGAAAAUCUUGAAACAGACGCGACUCCACGAAAAUUGCGCGCACAAGCUCCUGAUGAAGAGAGUGCAAACGAGCCCGAAAUACAAACACCGUCCAGGAGAGAGCGAGGCCAAAUCGCGCCAAUAGCUGCAACACCCAAGUCAAUUCUAAAGAAACCCGGCAUCUUCAAUGACGCCAUCGUGUCCACUCCGAAAUCCACUCGAAAGCUCGUCUUCGAAACGCCCUCAAAGUCGACAAAUGGCACCCCGGCCAUUGUUCGCAACGCAGACCGCAGCGCGCGUCGAAAAAGCAAUCGGAGACUUCUGGAGCUUACAAUCAAUGGUGUAGGCAGUGAUGAAGAGGAUUUGGGUGAGGAGGACGCGUUGGCCGAACAAAUCUUGAGUGAUGAAGAGGAGCGGACGGGCAUCAACGUAGCAAUCCCGGAGGAACCCACGGUACCUGAUACACCUUCAAAGAGGGGUCGAGGGCGACCAAAAGGUUCGGGGAAGAACCAAAAACUGCGCAAGCAGCGAUCACCCACGCCGCCCCAGGAACUCCCGCCACACGAGGAAUACUUCUGGCAAAACCGCCCAGGGGGCACAAAGACAUCCAAUAACACAUUGUCCUCACAAAAUUUGCUGAAUCACGAUGAGUACUUCCAGGCUAUGCAGUCAUAUACCGAGCGGCAUGAGCCCGAGAUGGACUUGUUAGUGGAAUUGCAUAGCCGCGCGUACGACCAAUGGCUGUUUGAGCUUGAAGAGGGUUUCAAUCUUUGCCUGUAUGGCUACGGCUCAAAACGACCAAUCACGGAUGCCUUCACUAAGCAUAUAUACGAGCGAUACUUGACUCUGUCGCCCUACAAAGGAACAAGGAAAACCCCAAAAAUUAUAGUGAUAAACGGUUAUGCUCCCAAUACAUCUUUGAAGGACAUUUUGGCAAUGAUAGCAUCCAUUGUCAUUCCCACGAACAAAAAGGUACCUAAUCAGCCGUUGGCGUUGCUCAACAGUAUCCUGAAUCAUCUCACUGAAACCCCCCCGCCGCUUCCAGUCCCGGUCGUCAUAAACUCAAUAGACUCACCUUAUCUUCGCAAGUCACCUACGCCAUCCAUGCUUGCGACUUUGGCCGCACAUUCCCAUAUCAAGUUGAUCAGUACCGCCGACACCCCAAACUUUCCUCUGCUUUGGGAUAUCGGGCUCAGAACUCAAUCCAAGUUUCUGUUUCACGAUGCUACGACCUUUGCACCGUACGAUGCUGAGAUUGACACUGUUGAAACUGUCAAUGAGUUGCUCGGCCGUAGCGGGAGAAGGAUUGGUGGUAGAGAUGGCAUCGGUUUCGUUCUCCGGUCAUUACCGGAAAAUGCGCGCUCGUUGUUUCGAAUCUUGGUCACGGAGCAGCUUGCGUUACUUUUCAUGGACAACGCAAAUGAUUUUGAUGAUGCUCCAGCAACUCCUAAGAACAAGAAAGUGGCAGCUACAAAGAACGUUCCUGCAGACACCGUCCAAGGAGUCGAAUACCGUGUGCUAUAUCACAAGGCGGUAGAAGAGUUUGUUUGUUCAAGUGAGGUCGGCUUCAGGACCCUGCUGAAGGAGUUUCACGAUCAUCAAAUGAUAGAAAGUAGAAAGGAUGCUAUGGGCACAGAACGGCUGUGGGUGCCUUUUAGGCAGGAAGAAUUGGAAAGUCUGGCUGAAGACUUGUCCAGCGAUAUGAUGUAG